AUUGGUUAGUUUAAUAGGAUCAGCUCUGAGCAAAAGAGAUUAUGACACCCAAGACAUAAUACUUCAUAUCAUAUUCCAGAGUCCUCAUCAAAAUGGCUGCAGAAUUGUAGAAAGUGUGCUGUUUUCAGUCCCGAGUGAAGGACGCUAAACAGUCUUUGAAGCAUGGCACUACUCAAGAUUAAGUUUCCCUUCCAGAAGAGGGUACAUUUGGCUCAGGGACUGUGGCUUCUGUCAUGGGUUGCCAUGGUCUCGGGAACCACCACUUUUGCCAUGGGAGUCUUCCUCAAGACUGAGCUUUUCCGCAGGGCAGAGGUGAUGCAUAACAAUGACAUCCAUAUCGUGCCCAAUCUGCUCAUGUUGGUGGGGGUGACAUCUGUGGGCAUCAACAUCUGUGCUGGAAAAGUGUGUCAGGACUCCUUGGAUGCCUCGCGGUUUCCACGCUGGAAAAACAUUCUCACUCCUUUCUUCUGCAUCUCUCUUUUCUUUACUUCUCUGCUGCUGGUUGCUAUGAUAUUGAGCUAUGCCCUGCAGCCCAGCCUGGAGGAGUCUCUCAAAGUGGGCUUGAAGAAUGGCAUCCGGUUCUAUAAGGACACAGACACACCAGGUCGAUGCUUCCAGAAGGAGACCAUAGACCGUCUGCAGAUAGAGUUCCAGUGCUGUGGGAACACCAAUUACAGGGACUGGUUUGAAGUGCAGUGGGUCAACAACCGCUACCUGGACUUCACCUCUAAGGAAGUGAAAGACCGUGUAAAAAGUAAUGUCGAUGGCCGUUAUCUAAUGGACGGCGUCCCCUUCAGCUGCUGUAACCCAGCUUCCCCCAGACCCUGCAUCCAGUACAACCUCUUAGACAAUACAGCGCAUUACAACUAUGAGUACCAGAGUGAAGAGCUAAAUCUGUAUAAUCGUGGCUGCCGUCAGGCUCUGGUUAACUACUACAUGGGUCUGAUGAACACCACUGGGCCUGGAGUACUCUGUGUAUUUCUAAUUCAGAUAACUGUGUUGUUUGGCCUGCGCUACCUGCAGACCUCCAUGCAAGCUGUGGAAGGCCAAGAGAAUGUGGAGAUCGAGACAGAAGGCUACAUCCUGGAGAAAGGUGUGAAGGAGACAGCCACAGAGUUCAAAGAGAAGGUGAUGAAGUUAUUUCAGCAGGCUCAAGUGGAAGCUGCCCCUCCAGCGGCCAAUCCAGAUGCAGCAGUGCCAGCGGAGAAAGCAGACACGGCCUCCAGCUAAAUAAAAGACCUGUGGGUUUCUCAGUGGAAAGAAAUUUCUGACUUCUCUUUGAUAUUAAUACAUAAUCCAGAGAAGGAAAAACAAAUAUCUUCUACACUAUAUUAUUCAUUUGCUAUAUAUACAGUGUUAAAAUUAUAUGAUCAAUUUAGACCAUAGUAACUUUUAACACUGACAAUAUUCCUCUGUUCUUCUUCUAAUUUUACAAUUACUUAAAAAAAACCCUAAUAACUGUGCAAUGUGAAGGAAACCACAGUGCAUGCUACAUUGUAGUCCAUCGUUUCUGCAUUAUGCAUGGCUAUAAAGAUAUCAGUAUAGAGCAAAUGAAAAAGAUGCAUAAGACAAAUAUAUGAGUUUGUAUCUGCCUUGUGCUGCUAUUUGGCUGUUUUUAGUUUAUGAAUACAAAUAAAUAUGCUACUGUGUAUAAAUA